AUGGUUGCACUUUCAACACAAACCCAUCUUCUCAAACCCCCAUCAAGAUUCAAUUUUUCAUGUGAACUGGUCACUUCUUGCAAGCUGUGUCUCCUUCAGAAUCCCAUCUCGGAAAAAAGUACCUUUUCAUCCAAACAGAGUUCAUUUGUUAGAGGCCAUUUUCGGAGUAGCCAGUUUCUUAGAUUCAGUCGAGCCCAUCGACUAAGAAAUUAUGCAGGUACUGUGGUUUCACCAAGUUGUGUGUUGCCACUAACUGAGGAUAAUGUUGAGAAGGUGUUGGAUGAAGUAAGGCCUGGCCUUAUGGCUGAUGGAGGGAAUGUGGUUCUGCAUGAGAUCGAUGGGCUUAUUGUAGUACUAAAGCUCCAAGGAGCUUGCGGGUCAUGUCCAAGUUCAACAAUGACUCUUAAAAUGGGGAUUGAAACUCGACUCCGGGAUAAGAUACCUGAAAUAGAAGCAGUAGAGCAGAUAAUUGACACGGAAACUGGCCUCGAGUUGAAUGAGGAAAAUGUAGAGAAGAUUCUAUCAGAGAUUAGACCUUAUUUGGGCGGCACAGGUGGUGGAGAACUGGAGCUUGUUCGUAUUGAGGAUUAUAUCGUAAAAGUUCGGCUUAGUGGACCGGCAGCAGGAGUAAUGACAGUCCGGGUAGCUCUAACUCAGAAGUUGAGAGAAAAAAUACCUGCCAUUGCAGCUGUCCAGUUGAUAGACUGA